AUGAAGAAAGAGCGCGAAAAUGAGGUCUUAUCUAAAAUGCGCAAAUUAGAUUCAUUUGUUUCACCUGGAAAUGAUUCUAAAGUUACAAAUAGUAGUAAUGAUGAAUACGUUGAAUCUAGUAAAAACGUUAUGACAAUAGUUAAUAUUGAAAAAACUGAUAUUCUAGUUGCAAGCACAUCAGAGACUACCACUACUUCCGAGAACGAUUGCAUGGACGUGAAUAAAUCACACGAAAUUACGGAUAAUAAUGAAUCGCGUAAUUCAGAAAACGAUUGCAUAGACGUGGAUAUAUCACAUGAAAUUACAGAUAAUUAUGAAUCGCAUAAUUCAGAAAUUCAAAACAAAGAAGUAUUUCCGAUAAUUAGUAAUGAUCCAGCAAAGUGGAUAUUGAAUGAUUUUACAAUUGAAUACUUAUCCACACAUAAUAUUCAACAAAAUAUAAAUGUCGAUUUUGAUUUUGGGAAUUCUAAAAGAUAUUAUGGUAAUACAAGUCGUACUUUAACAAAAAAUGUUUUUGAGCGGCGUCUUCUAAAUGGUGAGAUAAUGCCUAGAAAAUAUCUUAUAUAUUCAGAAAGCAAGGGAGCUGUGUUCUGUGCCCCGUGUAGACUAUUUGGAGGAACCUCCAGUCUGGCAACGAAUGGUUACGAUGACUGGAAAAAUGUCGAAUACGCGAACAUGAAAAUUCAACUGAGCACAAAACAUGUGAACUUAAAAUGA